CGGCGGGGACCUUGGGAGCCGAGGAGGAGCCCGCUGCAGCGGCUGCGGGAGGAGGCCCCUGGUCUGCGUCUGCCGUUGCCAGGUAGGCGGGUGUGAGAGGCCCGAUCCUCCUGAUUGUCGAGAGGCCAUCCCGUCGCCGGCGGCACAAUGCUGUCCCCUCAGAGGGCUUUACUUUGCAACCUCAACCACAUCCACCUCCAGCAUGUCUCUCUGGGCCUGCACCUGUCCCGCCGUCCUGAGCUACGGGAGGGGCCCUUGAGCACGUCCCCUCCCCCAGGGGACACCGGGGGCAAGGAGAGCCGGGGCCCCUGCAGCGGGGCCCUGGUGGAUGCCAAUUCCAACAGCCCAGCCGUGCCCUGCCGCUGCUGCCAGGAGCACGGGCCAGGCUUGGAAAACCGGCAGGACCCGGCCCAGGAGGAAGAGGGGGCUGCCUCCCCCUCAGACCCGGGCUGCUCCUCCUCGCUCAGCUCCUGCUCAGAUCUUAGCCCUGACGAGACCCCCGUCUCCGUGUACUCGCGGGGCCUCCCUGGCGACGAGCAUGUCCGCCCUCAGCCCAGCAUCACCCCCCUGGAGCAGGGCUCCCCACUGGCUUCCGCAGGCCCUGGCGCCUGCUCCCCGGACAGCUUCUGCUGCUCGCCCGAUUCCUGCUCCGGAGCGUCCUCCCCUCCUGGCCCUGGCCUGGACUCCAACUGCAACGCCCUGACCGCCUGCCUGGAGCCCCCCUCCCCGGGGCUGGAGGAAGAGGACGAGGGUGGGGAGCAGGACCUCCCUGCCUCCGAGCUCCCGGAGGCGGAUGAUGAUGAUGGGAAAACCGACGCUGGGAAGACGGAACCCAGCUGGAAAAUCAACCCUAUCUGGAAAAUUGACACGGAGAAAGCGGAAGCCGGCUGGAGAAUCGCGGAGAACAAUAACUCUAGCUGCAAAAUCAGUGGGCAUAGUAACUCCAGCUGGAAAACGGAACCCGGACAACUCGACUCCGGGCGCAAAACCGCCUCGGGGGCAGCCGACCCCGGCUGGAAAGCAGACGCGGGGAGAGCCGAGGCGGGGUGCAGGCGUGACGUCAGCGAGGAGCCGGCGGCUCGCCGGACCGUCACGUCUUUCCACGAGCUGGCCCAGAAGCGCAAGCGGGGCCCGGGGCUGCCCCUCGCGCCGCAGGUCAAGAAGGACCGCAGCGACUGGCUCAUAGUCUUCUCGCCCGACAGCGAGCUGCCCCCCAGCGGCUCCCUGGGCGGCUCGCCGGCGCCGCCGCGGGAGGUCACCACCUUCAAGGAGCUGCGGUCCCGGAGCCGCGCCCCGCCCCCGCCGCUGCCGCCCCGCGACCCCCCGGCUGGCUGGGCCCUGGUGCCGUCCCGGCCCCCGCCCCCGCCGGUCCCGCCGCGGAGGAGGAAGAACCGGCCCGGGCUGCAGCCCAUCGCCGAGCGGCCGCCCGAGGAGGGCAGGCCGGGCAGCCCCGCGGCUGGAGAGCAGGCCCCGGCCGCCCGGGAGCCCGAGGAGCCGGGCGCGCAGGCCGGCCGUGCGGCCCGGAGCUCCUGGUCGUUCGCCGGCGCCCCCGGGGCCCAGCGACGGUGGAUGGCAGAAACCCAGGGUGGGGCCGGCCAGCUGCAGGAGCAGAAGAAAGGGCUCCUGAUAGCCGUCAGCGCCUCGGUGGAUAAGAUCAUCUCGCAUUUUGGGGCCGCCCGGAACUUGGUUCAGAAGGCGCAGCUGGGGGACAGCCGGCUGAGCCCGGACGUGGGGCACCUGGUGCUGACCACCCUCUGCCCGGCCCUCCACGCCCUGGUGGCCGACGGGCUGAAGCCUUUCCGGAAGGACCUCAUCACCGGGCAGCGCCGGAGCAGCCCCUGGAGCGUGGUGGAGGCGUCGGUGAAGCCAGGCUCCGGCACCCGCUCGCUGGGGACCCUGUACAGCCAGGUCAGCCGUCUGGCCCCGCUGAGCAGCAGCCGCAGCCGCUUCCACGCCUUCAUCCUGGGCCUCCUCAACACGAAGCAGUUGGAGCUGUGGUUUUCCAGCCUCCAGGAAGACGCAGGCCUGCUGUCCCUCCUGUAUCUGCCCACCGGCUUCUUCUCCUUGGCCCGCGGCGGCUGCCCCGCGCUGACCACCGAGCUGCUCCUGCUGCUGCAGCCGCUGUCCGUGCUCACUUUCCACCUGGACCUGCUCUUCGAACACCACCACCACCUGCCCCUGGGCCCGCCUCCCGCCGCCCCCGCCCCGGGCUCGCCUCCGGCCCUGCAGCACACCGUGCGGGCCGUGCUGCACUGGGGGGGGCGGCUGGCCCAGAGCCUUCGGGGGGCUUCCGGGGAGACGCCUCCAGGCCCUUCAGCUCCCGCGAGCCCCCCCGCACCCGGCGGCUGGUGGGAGCAGCUGACCCAGGCCUCCCGGGUCUACGCGUCCGGGAGCGGCGAGGGCUUCCCUCUCCCCCGGUGGAGGUCCUGGCGUCCCUCCGGCACCGCCGAAGGAGCCCAGGACGGGCCCCUGCCCGCGGAGGAAGCGGCACCAGGCAGAGGCGUGUGGCUGGGGAGACUGUUUGGGGUGCCGGGGGGCGUCACAGAAGCCGACGGUGGAGCCUUGAAGUCCAGGAGACCGUCCAGCUGGCUGCCGCCGACAGUGAGCGUGUUGGCUCUGGUGAGGCGGGCGCCACCUCCCGAGACUCUGUCUUCCCCCGAGGAGCCUGAGGCCGCAGCCCCGAGCGCCCCGCAGACCCACAGGGCAGUGCGCGCGCUCUGUGACCACACGGCCGCGGGACCCGGUCAGCUGAGCUUCCGGCGCGGGGAGGUGCUGCGAGUCCUGGGCACCGUGGACGAGGACUGGCUCCGCUGUGGGCGCGAUGGCGCCGAGGGGCUGGUGCCCGUGGGGUACACGUCUCUGGUCCUCUAGGCCGAGGGCCUUUCCAGCCGCGUCGCCCCCCCGGGAACGGUGACCUGUGCAGGCGCCGCAGAAGCAUUGGCCUGUCUGCAAUACGACCUGUCCCCCCCCAGCCCCCCGCGUCCGUGUCUGCCGAUGUGAGAUCCGCUCUCCUUCCUCCCCGUCCCGCCGGUGAAACCUGCUCGUCUUCUAAGUACGAAAGGAAUUUCCCUCCACCUCCCUCCUCUUCCCACCUGCGUAAGGAACCGUUUCCCUUCCCAGCCGCACCUCUGCCUUCGUCGUCUGCGAGCGGACCGUCCCCACACUGGAAGGGCCUGGUCUCCUUCCUGCGCAUGGACACCUCGCAGCGCCCACGUUGCUUGUAUUUAUUCUGUGCUCCGACCCCCCUGCUGGGUGGGCCCGUGGUGCCGGUCCGCCCGCCCCUCCUUUGUCCCAAUAAAGUGUGGGCGCUGAA